CCAAGAAAAAGAAAACUCUGUUCAGACAGGUCGGAAUCGGGGAACCCGGUGACGAAUUUCAGUUUCUUGGGCGUUUUUUUUUUUACUUCAGUCGGAGGUUGAAGAACUCCGAGGAUGUUUCAGGACGAGGGAUCGUCGUCCUCCGUGACCUCCUCCUCCCCUCUGCAAGCUUUUCAGAUGGCGGCGCCGCCGCCGCCGGACCCAUGGCCGAAGGAGUUGAAAUCGGAGGAGAGGGGUCUGUAUCUGAUCCACCUCUUGCUCACCUGCGCCGGCCACGUCGCCGCCGGCAGCGUGGAGAGCGCCAACGCGGUACUCGAACAGAUCUCCGACCUCGCCUCCCCCUGCGGCGACACCAUGCAGCGCAUCGCGUGUUACUUCGCCGGAGCACUCGCCGACAGGGUGCUCCGGCAUCUUCCCGGCGUUCACAGAGCCCUCCGCGCCACCGAUCUGGUCUCGCCGGCGGAGUAUUUUCUUGCACGGAAGGUGUUCGACGAAUUGUUCCCGUUCUCGAAAGUGUCUUUCCUUGUGGCUAACCAAGCCAUAUUGGAGGCCAUGGAAGGGGAGAAAAUGGUCCACAUAAUAGAUUUCAACACGGCUGACCCAGCCCCGUGGCGGGCCAUUCUUCGGGACUUCAGUACUAGGCCUGAAGGCCCGCCACAUCUCCGCCUGACGGGGGUCCACCCCGUCAGAGAUGUGGUCGAACAAACGGGCCGGGUCUUGGUCGAUGAGGCAGAAAAGCUAGAUAUCCCUUUCCAGUUCAAUUCCAUAGUUACCAAAUUUGAGAAUCUAGAUUUGGAUAGAGUUCGGGUCAAGACAGGGGAAGCUUUAGUAAUUUCUUCCGUUUUACAAUUCCACACCUUACUGGCCCCCCACGAGAACAUUAUCCCGUCCGACCAAGCCACAUUGGGCGAACCGACCGAAAAGGAUUCGGAGAACUCGACUUCGUCUGCUUUAACAUUCAGCUCGAUCAAUGAGAUCAAACCCUUCCUCAACUACCUCUCCGGCUUAUCACCAAAAGUAAUGGUGAUCACCGAACAAGAGAGUGACCAUAACGGGCCGAGCCUAAUGGAGAGGCUAUCGGAGUCCCUGUACUUCUACGCCACCUUGUUUGAUUGCAUAGAGUCCACCCUGCCCAGAUCAUCGUUGGAUCGGGCAAGGCUCGAGAACAUGGUCUUAGGAGAGGAGAUCAGUAACAUUAUCGCUGAAGAAGGGGUCGAGAGGAAGGAAAGGCACGAGAAGCUCCCCAAGUGGUUUAGGCGGUUCGAGUCCACCGGGUUUUACAACGUGCCUUUGAGUUACUACGCAAUGACACGGGGGAAGAGGUUCUUGGAGAGCGUUGGGCGCGACGGGUAUAAGAUGAAGGAAGAGAACGGGUGCGCGGUUAUAUGUUGGCAUGAUCGACCUCUCUACUCGGUGUCUGCGUGGAGAUGCGGGAGGUGAAGGCCGGGUUCCAACGGCGAUACAACGUAAGGAUUAUGCCUAGGGUCGCUCCAAGUGUGAUCUCAACUCUCACUCCAUUCUUCUCAUUUGCAAUCUUUUCAUUUUGUUGUUUGGUGUGUGUUUGAAAAUAAAAGCAUGAAAUCUUCCAAAUGUUACAUUGCUUUGAACUUGUGUUUGAAAAAUGAUGUAAACUUCAAUUUUAGCCCUUGGCGUGAAGAGUAUGGAAUUAGUGUAGAAAGAAAAGCAGGGCAAUGAGAAUAUUAAGAGUUCCAAAAGUUUUAGGGGCUGUUUGUUUCAGCCUCUUAAUGGUUCAGAUGUCUGAAUGAUUCAGCACUUAAUGGUUCAGACUGUUUGUUUCAGCCUCUUAAUGGUUCAGAUGUCUGAAUGGUUAAGAGAUUUGCCUCUGAAUGGUUAAGUAUUAUACAGAGUCUGAAUGGUUAAGAGCUCUUAUCUGAAUUGAUCAGACAUUUGCCUCUGAAUAGUUAAACAAUAUACUAGCUCUUAAUGG